UUCAUAUUAAUUAUUAUUAUUAUUUUCCAAAUGUUUUCAUUAAAACUUUUUAUGUUAAGUUUCUUAUUAUUUUCAGCAAUUUUGUAUACAAAAGCAAAAGAGAGUAAAAAAGUAAACCAUUUACAAUGGAUACUAAAGUAUUCGGGAUGGAAACAUUUGAACGAUGUGAGAUAUAUAACAUAUUACAAAAAAAAAUUUGAUUUGCAUAGUUUGAUUGAAUUACCUAAAUUUUACCUUGAAUGUAAUCAAAAAAUACGAACUAUGACUAUAUAUAUUGCAUGUACAUAUGCAAAAGUUUUAAAAAAUUUCUCUUUAGUUAUUAUUCACACCCAAAAAAUUUGUAAAAAUAAAUUUCAGGAAAAAGACAUAAUAAGUGGAUGCAUUUGUACCGAAGAACUAGUAAACAUGAUAUCAAUUUUCAUUGUUCCAAUGAUCACAUUAAUGAAAGAUGCCAUUGAUGCUUUAGAUUUAUUACACACGAAACCAUUGAUUUUGUGUGUCAUGAAUAACAACAUAAUAAGUAUUUUAUUAAAAAUAAUUCCAAAUAUUAUUGACAAAUUUAACAAACAAACUUUAUCACGUAAUGAAAUGUCUACAUAUUAUCAGACAUUAAAAAUUGUAAAAUCAUAUUUUGAAACAAUAAUAAUAAAAAGUGUAAAUGAAGAAAUUAAUGGGUAUUGUGAAUAUGUACCUUAUGAAACAAAUUAUUUAUGGAAUGAAUGGGUUCAAGAGUUUAAUGACAUUAUUGGCAAAGACAUAAAAUUAUCAUUUUUUAAAUUCUUAAUCAGAAAAAUUAUGUUUUAUGUAAGAAGUGUAAUCAUAGAAAAAUAUUUUCAACUGGGAUUCAAAUUUGAUCCAAUCACAGAAGAAACGUUUUUACCAAUAGAUCCGACUGAACUAGAAUUAGAAUUUAAAUCAAUAGAUGAAGAGCCUUCAACACCAAUACAAAUAGAAAAUUAUUAAUUGUUGUAAUACAUUUAUCCUAUAUUCAGAAAUCAUAAUUAACCAAAAUGUUUUGAACCCCUCUAGAAUAAGGAGAGUGGUCUGAUUUCAAAAAAAUAUAUCGGAAGAAAAGAAUACAUAUCAGUUAUAGAAAUUUAAAAUUGAAUAUUAAAAUAUAAAAUUUGACCACAAAAUAGCUGGUAUUUUAACUUAAAGAAUGUUAGUUUGUAAAUUUUAUUAAAUUUGAAGCUCUAGAUAUAUCUGGAACAUUUUCAAAAAUUAAAUAAAAAUACCGAGCACAGUAGGAGGAUCGGCGGCUCAGUGGCAUAGUUGGAACAAAUAAAGAUGAUAUCUGACAAUGAUUAAAAUUACAAUAAUAAGAAAUUAUUAAAGUACAUACUGUACUUAAUUCAAUUAGAUUCUUUAAUACAAAUGUUUCUCCGGUGAUUGAAUCAAAUUAUUUUAUCAUGUUUAAAAAUUUAUCAUCUGAAAAACUAGUAAUUAGUCUAAUAUAAGAUUACUUAGUAGUUCACUUAUUAGUACUUUAAG